GUCGCCGGCAGCGCGUCGCGACGUCUCCAGGAGAGUCGGAGAGCCACGGUCCAGGAUACGAACAGGUCGGUGUGAGCGACUACCCAGAGUUUCCUGAUUUUUCAUCGAAGAACAGUUGACUGCCACCGUCGGUCUUCAUAGCGCCAGAAGUGCGUCACCCGUUCAGUCAGCUGCAGCCGCUAACAGGACUGCAAUGACAUGGCGCUGGUCAUGCUGCCGUGCGACCUGCCGUGGUGGCCGACGGUGCAGCGCCACCUGACGCAGCUCGCCCUCGCUCGCACGCCGCAGGAGCUGGUCGAUGGCAUGCAGAAGAUACACACCAUGUGCAACAUCAGUCUAGAUCCAGACGAAGAGGGCACGGAUGAUGGCCUGUUUGAAGGACUGAAAAAAUUUCUGGAGGAGGACUUGAGUAUCGAAGAGCAAAAUCAUUUUCUUGGAACAACGGCGCCGGCAAUGGUACAACGAGCUCUUCAACUAAAACAGCUUAAGCCUCCUAGCGGACUACACUUCAGUCUCCAACAGCAAGCGGACAGAGUGGAACUGGACCGUAACUUUGUGGCAUCACUACUUGCACAUGCGUUCUUCUCAACAUUUCCAAAGAGAACUAGCAAAACCCAUCCCACUCUACAAGAUUCUAAUUUCACACACUUUUUCAAGCACUUAAACAAAACCAGUCAAAAGGCAAAACUCAAGAGCAUUCUGCAUUAUUUUGACUCAUUGGAAGGCAAUGGUGUUCCAGAAGGCAAUAUGAUAUUUUCAAGAAUGGUUAUGACAAGCAAAGAGUGGCUAACAAUAGAGGACUGGCUGGAAUGUGGAGUUCCACUUAUUCCUGUGGUAACAAAACAUGAAGGAAGAUUGGAAAGGUCGGAGCCUGAGACACUACAAGUGUGCUUCUCAAGCAGUCAUUUAGGAGGUGAUGUUCUACAUGCAGGCUCUUCACAGGAGAGCAUCCAGUUCUGCACCCAACCAGAGCUCUUGGCACUCCUGUCAUUUGUUGAAGCUCUGGAGGACAAUGAGGUUGUAACAAUUGAUGGUGUUCAACAAGUGUCUCGCAUACAUGAUCCUAAACAUAGGUCUACUUUUGAGACUGCUUCUCAGCCUAGGAUGGCACAUGUGUGCUGUAUGGAUGCUGAAAACUACAAGUUGUUACCAGUGGGUCAAUUUGAGGAAGACAAUGUCCUCAGAGAGCUGAACAAAGCUCUUCUUGGCUUCAGGCAGUUACCAUAUAAAGAUGCUCAGCAAUCUACAAGAAGACUGUCACCUAUUGGUGAAUCAUGUAGUUCUACACCUCCUGAGACUACUUCAGAAAAGCUUCAGAAGCAGGAGACUGCUGUGCCUCAGCCACCACCAACAGCUCCUUCUGCAGCAUCAAAAGAUUUGUUGCGACCACCAAGCCCAGGAUCACGUCGUGGGCGUUUUAUAGUGCUUGGAUCCUCAGGAGAAUGUUUGCCAAUCACACGGAAUGUUCCACUAACAUUUGGUAGUCACUAUUCCAGCUGUCAGUCUGAGACAGAGUCAGAAGAAUUUCAUAGUGCAUGCACAUCUCUUGACACAGAUGAUACAGAAAGUGAAGGAUGUGCACGCCGCUACAGCUCACAUCUUGAUACUCCUGAAAGACGCCACACAUUUGCUGCACGGCUGCGUGAUGCUCUGUGCCGUGAAGCAGCAAGCAGUACAUGCAGCACAGAUUCAAGUUAUGCAGUUGGAAUCAGUGUCACAGGGUCCAGCGUUGGUGACAAAGACAUAAGGGUAAGAAGAGGUGGAUCAAGAGGAUUCAUGCUACAGGAGGAUUCAAUGGAUGAUAAAUUUUUGAGAGAGUCAUUGCAACAGGAGAAAGAAUGGAUAGACAAAUUUCGAGCAAAGCGAGCUGGUCUUCUUGCUCGGAAAGACACAGGAGAUUCCUCUAAAUACAGCUUCAGUACUGAUUGCAGUUCCGAAAUUGAAGAGCUAUAUGAGCAGUACAGUCGCUGGCUGGAGGAUGCAGGUGUGCCCGAAAACAUCGAUGAGAUUCGGGAGCUGGAUGCCCGAGACAUAGCAGUGGUGCGAUUUGCUGGCAGCCUACUUAAGCGCACACUGAGUGACUCAUUUGCUGGAGUUUCACUGACUGAAGGUGCACAGGGCAUUCCCCUGGAAGGGAGUCGUGCUAAAUUGGCCAUUGUUGCACGAUCUCUAAGCUUGGAACUAGCCAGGCACAAACAUAAGCUUGCUGCUCAGCUUGUGUCAGUGCUUGGAAAAGUUGCAGCUAGCAAUAGUGCUUCUGGAGUACGUACUGUUUCAACAGGGAACUGGGGUUGUGGUAGCUCCAAAUGUGGAGAUCCUCAGUUGAAACUUGUGAUACAGUGGCUUGCUGCCAGUAUGGCUGGUGUUCCAUGUCUCCAUUAUUAUACUUGUGCCAAUGAUAAUCUGCUUAAGCUGGACACUGUUGUAAGGGUCCUGUUAGACCGCCACUGGACAGUAGGUGAACUUGCUGCUGCCACUCUUCAGUAUGCAGAGGCACUGUUGGACAAGCAUCAUGCAGUGCAUCCCACGAGUAGCCUAUUUGAUGAAUUGAUUGGUGUAGAUAAACCACACACCAGUCAAGAGACAAAUCUGUGAUAUUUGAAUGUGCCAUUCCAGAUGCAAGAGUAGAUAUACUUAACAACCAAAAGAAUAUUUAUUUGCUGUAUUUAUUCUGGACUUGGUGAAUGAAUUUUGAUGAAAAUGUAUUUAGUGUAUGUGAUUUGGCUCUAAUUGUUAAAAUACCAACUUUUGAGAAAGGUGACUGGUUUUUUAUACUUAUAUCAGUGGAAAAGUUUGCUAUAAAAAUGUAUAAAAUAUAUCUAUUGUUAGUGUACUUAAAUAGCAGAAUGAAACACUACAUGAAACUGCCAUACAGACAAACAUCACCCUUUCAGAGAUGAGUAUGUUUUGUAAAUUACUGAAUAAUAGCAAAUACCAGGGAAAUGAGUUCUCAAGUGACUGUUUCCAGUGAUGUGCAUGUAUACAUGAGCUUCAGAAUUUUCUCUCAGUGAUGCUGUUAUUCCAGAAUGUGAUAGUUAAUGAGCAACAUAAUCUCCACAUGAAAUAUUUCUGGGUACUAUGUUACAGAUUUUUUUCUGGCAUAUCUUUCUUAAUUUUUACUUUUAUUUGGCAAGACAAACAUUUUAUACUUGUGAAACAAUUAACUGAUUUUUUUUAAAUAUGUGAAACCAUAGUUUUUGGACCAGUUGUACUUAUUCAAAAUAUAUGGCGGUUACUUUUGCUAUAUAGGUGGUGUGUGAAUCAAUCUCCUAAAAUACCAAUCUACCAUUUAAAUAACAACAAGGGGGGACAUCUGUACACAAAAGGCAGGGUGUUUUGUAGGCGUUAUUAUUAUGUCCACUAAUUUCGUUUCACUGGAUUUAUGUCAUUCUUCCAAAAUUUACUUUCCACUUGACUAUUGUCCACUAAUAUCACACUUUGUUGAUUUUUUAAAUUUUAGUUAUAUGUGUUAUAAAUGUUUACAAUACUGAACUUGUCAGUACAUCUGCUUUCAUUGUAGGAGGAUUUUAAAGGUAGUAUCUUUUGUAUUUUACUAUUGUGCUACCAUGAUGACUUUUCCCAAAUCAAUUUUGCACACACAGUGCAAGAGAUGCUGUACUGUUGACAUAAUUAUUAGUGUUAUAUUCUCCUCUUAAAUAUACUCUGAAGUCACCUCUCCACUGCUGUGUGCUACGAAGAAAUCUUUCAGAUUCUUCAUGAACUGAAAGUUUCUUUGACACUCCAAUGUUUCACUCAUAGUGUUAACCUACGAGUUAGGGCCUAUGUUCUUCAAUUUUUGGAAUCAGUAUUUCAAAUUUGCUUUCUCCUGCCACAAUCAUUGAGCUACCUGAGACAGAAUUCAUAUAGAAUUCACCCUGUCUCUUUUUUUGGUGUCACUGGUUUGGAGGAAAGAGGAGGGAACAGUGACAGCUUAAUUAAAUUUUAGACUUAUACAUUUUUUUCUGGUAUGUCUCUCCCGUUUUCUUGAAAGUAACUGGCCUUUGCCCUUCACCCACUUGUUAGCUUAAUUCACUUUAGAUUUAGUCAGGAUGUUGAUGACAUAUUCUUCCAGCCUUUCAAAGUUUGGAGGUUCUCAAGGCAUUGCAUCAUACUUACCCAACUGUAAAAAUAAAUUUUCCCUGACUCAUAUUUAAUGAUGAAUAGGGUCCUGUUAUGGUUUCAGGUGAAGUUAUCAUUGAUGUUUCUGCAUUGUGUAAUAGCUCUUACUGGCUGCUAAAAUUACUAAUCAGUUUUAUCUUGAUUUCAAAUUUAGUGCUGUUUCCAACUUUACUGCAUUAGAAUUUGUCAACAAUAACAACCUCAAAUAUAAUCAAUGCAUUCAGUUUGCUGUAAUUGCCAAAUUUAUAAUGAUGGCACACUGUAGACAUCAAUAAUGUAUUAAAGUAAUGGAAAUCACUUUAAUGAGGGUUAUGGAUCUUCAGAUUUGCAGUUGACAUCUCGUUUAGUGAACUAGAAGCCACAAACAAAUGUGCACUAGGAAGAAAAUGUUGUGCCACAGUAGUGAAUGUACACGGGUGGUAUCAAAUGGAUGCCAUUUUGUAUACAUAACAACUUUUAGGUGACUUCAACAGUGAACAUUUCAUGAACUGGAACAAUAAGUUUGGUAGAAUAUAUUCAAGGACAAUGAAUGUUUCUAUAUUGCUCAUGAAAUUAUUAGAAUGUAGAGGCAAAAGAUAAAGAGUAAUUUGCUAACAAAAGAUGCCACACAAUCCAAAGCAAAUAUAGGCUAAUUGAUGAGGCUUACAUUAUAAUAAAGAGCAACAUCAGUUCACUAGUUCUUUGCCAUUUUUGUUGAAAAACUAAUUGCUUUAUAAUUUAGUAUGUUCAGUCAGUAACUGGUAUUAGUUUACAAUUGUUGGUGUAUGGGUUUUUGAUGGAUCUUAAGAUACCUUAUGUCAAUAAGACAAAUGGUAAUUUUGAUUAAUCAGAAUUUGAUAAUAACUUACAAAUUCUAAAGCAGCCUCUACAAUAUAGGGAGGGAGAUCAUCUUAUAUCCAGGAUUUUCUGGUUGUCUUAUAAUUUUUUAUCUGCUCUAUUUUUCUUGGACAUAUGAACUUUUGGUCACUCUUCACUUAAAUUUAUGUUAUGGUCUGUUUAAAUUACUUCUUCUCUCAACAGUACAAGCUUUUAAUUUCUAUUUCAACAACCACUAUUUCCAAGUUCCUUUUCUUGCUAUAGUUUAUAGGUUUAUGGUUGCUGUUGCAGCAUCUCUUCCCUUUUUUAUCUUGUGCCAUAUUAUAUUUCAGAUGUCAAAUAUUUUCAUUCAGUAAAUUAUACUUCCCAUCAUGUGUUUUAUCCAUUUGUUAGACUGCUAUCCUUAGGACUAUUCUGUUGCUCUCUCGCAGAUCCCACUUCUGUAUCUGCAUCUAUACUCUGACACACACUAUGAAGUCUUGUGUAGAUGGUAGUUUUUAUUCUACUUUAUUUUAGUUUCAUCCCAUUUCUUUUACAUAUGGAAUGUAAGAAGGAUGAUUGUUUCUACACCUCCAUGUCCAUGUUAGCUGUUAUGGUUGGUUAUUUUCCUGUCUGAGAGCCAGUUCUUGAAUUUUGAUAAGCAGAAUCUUGUGACAAAAACAGUUUUUUUUCUUCUUUGUACUACACUCUCCUGCCAGUCAAACAGUUCUGUCACAGUUCCCACCACCAUCCCUUGUAUAUAUUGUCCCUUUUUAAUUUGGCUUGGUAAGGAUCCUCACACAUUUAAGUAAUAUAACUACUAUGUGCUGUACAAGAGUUUUGUAAGGAAACUGUUUCACAGAUAAUCCGUAAUUUACCAGCAUCAAAAAUCAUAGUCUGCCAUUUGUUUUACGUACAAUGGGUCAAUUUGCGAUUGAGAUACAACUUGUCAGGUUUGACAAAUGACAUUAUGUUUUAGUCACAGAUAUUAGUUUGUUUAGUUUCGAGCCAGAGAUAAUAAGGGGUUCUCUUCUGUGGCAAAGUGUAAUAAUCAUAAACAAAAUAAAUGAAUGUAUUAUUAAGAGAUAGAUAUUGUGUACUCUUUUUGUCGCUUAUGGUAAUUUUAAAUCAUUUGUGUAUACAUUAUGCAUCAUACCUU